UAUACAUCGAUGCAGCCCAGCCCUAAUUAAUAGUAGUAAGGAUGAGCAAUCCCGGCGGAGAUGACAUACCUAGCAGCAGAAAGAAACGCGUUCGCUUUUCCAACACGGCUGAUGUAUUUACAGUAGGUGCUGCUGAAGAGGAUGUUGUGCCUGCUAAUCGGCGCCAGCGUCAAACAAUUCUGCCCGGCGAAGAUGAAUCCAGGUCGCGUCGCCAAACCCAAUGGCAGGAGCUACAGCCCGAGUCUCAAGGCCCCAUCCUGCCCCUGGACCCCGUCCUAGCCGCCAGCCGCCGAGCCCGUCUGCGGGGGCGCGCCGACGCCUCCGCCCGCCUCGCAGCUGCUGCCGCUGCUGCUGCUGUUGCCGCUGCGGUGACGGUGACGGGGGUGGUGGGGGCGGAGGACGUGUCGCUGCCUGACGACCUGGCGGCGGCGGAGGAGGACUACGAGGAGCCGGAGGAGUUGUUUAACGAGGCGGGUAUCCCCUUCGAGCCCUUCCACCUGCGGGCGGAGCGGGAGGCGGGCUACUUCGAUGCGGAGGGCAACUACCUGGAAUACCGGCUGGAUGCGGCGGACAGGGACGCAUGGCUGGACAGUGUGAUGGACGAGCACCGGCAGGUGCGGGCGGACCCCCAGCUGGCCGCCCGCCGCCGCCAGGAGGCUGCUGGGG